GGCCACGCCCUCUCCCCCCUCCUCGGCCAAUGGGAGCAGCCGCAUCCUACCACAUGACUCCCCCUGCUAUAUCAUUCUUUUAUCUCAAAUAUUCACAUUCUCCUCUGCAAAAUAACUCAUUUAUCAACAUCGCGGUUACUUUGAAAACACUUUAAAAAGCGUCACAUGCACGAACCUGUGUGCGGCACGUGUGCGGCAAAGUGCAAAAGCACCCCCCCCCUCACGAAUGCAUCAUUUCCACUCAGUGAAAUAAACUAAAACAUAAAAUAUAUCGACACUUUUGCAUGUCGCUUUCUCGUGAAGCGGUCGCUCCGCAGCUUUCACGCCACGCAGCUAAAGUUCGUGGCGUUUCAUUUUAAUAUAAAUCGCGCUUCACGCAAGUUGCAUUAUUUUCUGUUAUAAAGUUGCUAAAAUUGCAAGAUCAAAGCAUUUUGAACUGACGUGGCACCGCAUCAUCGCGUGGGCGUGGCCUCGCAUUGUCAACAUCCUGGUGCGAGAGCUGGGUCUCUCCAAAAUGGCGACGGUGGACAACAGAGAAGCAGGUCAGGACGACCCGGAGAGUGAAGAUGAGGUGUACGAGGUCGUGGACCUGACAGAAUACGCCCGGAGGCACCAGUGGUGGAGCAGGGUGUUCGGGAACAACUCGGGCCCCAUCGCUGAGAAGUAUUCUGUGGCCACUCAGAUCGCGAUGGGAGGGGUGACCGGAUGGUGUGCUGGGUACGUCUUCCAGAGAGUUGGGAAGAUAGCUGCUACUGCUGUUGGUGGAGGCUUCCUUCUAUUACAGAUUGCCAAUCAUAGUGGCUACGUACAGGUGGACUGGAAGAAGGUGGAGAAGGACGUGAAUAAAGCGAAGAAACACUUGAAGAAGAGAGCAGACAAAGCAGUCCCUGAAAUAAACACAUUCAUUGAGGAGGUAAAGGCCACAGACUUCAUAAAGAGGAACAUCGUCAUGUCCAGCGGCUUCGUCGGCGGCUUCUUUCUGGGUUUGGCGUCCUAACGCGGCUGCGCAUGCUGCGCAGUCUCCACUUACUGUGAAUCACAUCGCUACAUAGGUCACUUUACUCUCCGCUGUUUACCCCUCAACGCCCCUCGUGUGCAUUGAUUUAUGGACCGGGGUUAUGUUGAACAUUAAAGCAUGAUCUGUUGUGACGGUGGUACUAACUGUUUUAUACUUUUAAACCAAUAGCAGUUCAUUAUUUUUGGGGGGUUAAGUACACAUUCUGAAUUCCGUAUGAGAGUGUGUGGAGAAUUUGAGUUCUUGGAUUGUACUGUGAAGACUCUAAUGCUAAAUAUGCCAAGCUGCCACAAAGGAGCACAGAUAUCUCAAUCGUCAUUGUCUCCUCAUGUAUAUUUGCCUGGUGAAUGGGCGCCACUUACAAUAUAGAGCCACCCCCCUUUUUGGAGCUGUAAAUACCCACACAAAAGGAAAUAUUAUGUAAACACUGAAGGCAGCAGAGUGGGAGGUUAACACUGUUCCCCAGUCUCAUUGCUUUGGGGUAUUUUUUUAUGUACCUGUGAAGUUUGGCGAGUUUAUGUGCCAUUGAAGCGCCAGAGCAAACACACAAUGUGUUUUUGAAGUCUUGCACACUGAAUGGCGGUUUAAACAAAAGUAUUUUUCCACUCUGAGCGGGAGUUCUUAAUCAUAUACAACACAUAUCACAUGGCUAAAGCUAAAUAUUCCAUCUGUUUACCUCUACUUUGAAAUUAACCACAACUGUUGAUUACAGAUUCCCAUAAUCCUCAGCCACACGGUGCACUUUACUGGCAGGACGAGCAUCUGCUGUCGACUAAUUACUACCAUCGGAAGCUCAGAUACCAAAAGAGAAACCAGUCCUGUCAUUAAAGAGCAUAAUGGAGCAGCGAUUUGUGAGUCCUCCACCCUCACUAUUGUCCUUGUGCAUUUAGAAGUGUCAGUGUUGCAAUAUACAACACAAAGGCGAUGCUGCGUUGUUGUGCAUUAUAAUGUCCAAUAUCUACACAGAAUAAGUUGAUCACAAGUUGCUUUUGUUGGGUUUGCCUUUUACUUACAGUGCAAUAUACAGUAAUGUUUCAGAUGCAAGGUUUGGUUUUCAAUGAGCUUGUAUUCUCAUUACUCCCUCAUUGUUUCUAUUGUUUUGAUAACCUCAUUUGAGCUGUGUCUAUGGAGUUUAAGUUGCCAGAUUUUCUUUUGAGAAACAAUAAAAGAAAUGAAAAACAGAA